CAAGAACCUCUUCCAAGUUCUAACCAGCACUGCUUCGAUGGCUAUUCGUUUGCCAAGUGACUUGAGUGCUAAACACAUUCUUCGUCUAUCUAAUCUGUUUGCAAGUUAUGCACUAGAUGUGCCUAAAGGGUACUUUGCUGUGUACGUAGGAGAGGGCGAAAAGAAGAGAUUUGUGAUACCAGUGUCAUAUUUGAAUCACCCUUCAUUUCAAGAACUGUUGAGUACGUCAGAGAAAGAAUUUGGAUUCUGUCAUCCGAUGGGUUGCCUAACAAUUCCAUGCACAGAAGACAUUUUCCUUAACAUCACCUCUGGCUUAAAUAGGCUAUAAGAUGCACCAAAGUAAGUCUGAAGAAAAUUUUUAUAUGGUUGAGAAAAGUUGACCAGUGUAGAAAGGUUACGAUGCAAUUGUUUUUUCGGAUUAAAUUGCAAUGUAUCAUAGACAAAGAACAACACUAAGGAGAAUGGAUUAAAACAUGACUAAAUUUCAUGCU